CUUUCCCAAUACUACUCGUACUUAGCUUCGCUCCGAAUCUAGGACGUUCUGCUACUCACCGCCUCUCUCCGCCUCUGCGCUCAUUUUAACAUGGCGACAUUGAAGAGGAGUGCAUCACCGGUCGUCAGCUUGUCGACGCUGCCGCAGCUUGCAGGGUUCCACUCGGUUGUCCUAGAGUCGUCUCAGUCCGUUGAAUCUUCUCAAGGAUUGCGGCGUUCCAAACGUCUCAAGGUCGCAGUAGCACACGUUAAAAAGGAAUCGGAUGACAUGAAACAGAGUGUCGAAACAGCCUCCCAGGUAGACAUUAAGAUUGAAGCGGAAGUCACAACGAUAGAUGUGAAACCUUCCUCGUCGCGCAAAACAGCAAGUUCACCGAAGAAGAAAGUGCCUGCCUCACCUCGCAAAGCCAAGCCUAUUGCGCAGGCACUUGAUGUUCCUCAUCCAGCUCCAGCACAUUGGCGCCAAACAUAUGAGACCAUCGAGGAGAUGCGUUCCAAAGUGGUAGCUCCGGUAGAUACUAUGGGUUGCCACAUGCCGCAGUUAGCAGAGACAGUCCCUGAGAAUCAGCGCUUUGCGACACUGGUGUCUCUGAUGCUGUCUUCACAGACGAGGGACGAGACCACGUUCGCUGCCGUCACAAAGCUUCGAGAAGCUGUAGGCGGGAGUAUUAGCGUUGAUGCCAUUCUGAAGGCUGAUGGUAACGCCAUUUCCGAAGCGAUAUGUAAGGUGGGAUUUUGGAGACGCAAGACCCAGUACAUAAGACAAGCUGCUCAAUGUCUGCGUGACGAUUUCAACUCGGAUGUGCCGAAGACGGUAGAUGAGUUGUGCUCACUACCCGGAGUUGGCCCAAAGAUGGCAUUCUUGGCUCUGCAAGAUGCAUGGAAGCUGAAUGCCGGUAUCGGCGUUGACGUUCACGUUCAUCGCAUCACGAAUAGACUGGGAUGGCACAAGCCACCGACGAAGACGCCUGAAGAGACACGACUGAAUCUACAAUCGUGGCUCCCACUGGAGCUUCAUCCGAAGAUCAACGCUUUGCUUGUCGGCUUUGGCCAAACAAUAUGCUCGCCUGUUGGGCCUCACUGUGACACUUGUCAGCUGAGCAGCUGGCUCUGUCCCAGCGCUCGCAAGGUCAAGUCGAAGAGCAAGAAAACUGUUGCUGCAAUUUCCAGCAGAUCCAGACCGAAGAUCGAGAUCGCUGUCGAAGAAGAGUCAAUUGCGGAGAUUGUUGCUCCCUCCGAGGAGACGAAACCUGUAGCUCUGAAAAUAGAGGACGACGCAUAAACGUCCGGACUGUGAACCCCUUCUCCAGGCGUGUGCACUGCUCCCACACGGAGCGCCACUCUUCGAACCGUUUCGGAGACGGCGGAUCUGCCACUGCGAGUUCCUCAAUCGUUUCUACAAGUCCGGACAAUCAGCUCAACACGAGAGCGCGGUGCGAAUGGGUAUCUUACGGAGGCCGAUCUUGACAGCGCUCUGAUAUGCAUCGCCGGAGUAAUCGUCGAUCCAUUUGCUGUAUGGAUUGCCCUCGAGCUUGACCCAGGUG